AUGGUCAUCAAAAAUACGGACGCUAAUCGGCCGACUUCUGCACCGCUCUCGCCUGCGACUUUACCAGAGGGUAUUCCUCGAUUAGCCAACAACCGCAGCAUCGACCAAGAACUACCGCUAUCUCUUUCUAAUAUCCCGUCUGCAUCAACAACCACGCUCUCUAUCCCGUCCUUCUCUUCGUCUUCUACCAGACUUGCAGGUGCUGCACAUCAUCGACAGAGCCUAUCUUCUCAACCCACCCUUUCAGGGGCUCCUGGUACGUUCUCGGACGAUCCUGUUGCUAGUGUUUCACGUUCAAGUACAGGAGAAGGCAAAGAGAGGGAAAUCUCUGCACGGAAAGCACUAUCACCUGAUACUGGCAGUGUUGGCCCCGCCACGCAACAUUCCCACCACUCCUCGUUUGCCAGCGCGCUCGACUUCACCGUCCAGCAAGGCAGUUCGCCGAAUCCCAGCGAUAGCGGUAGGCUCACCGGUCGUGGAACGCCAUCUGCUCAUCUAACGCAAGUGAGCGGGCAAUCAGAAGAUAUUCCUGAAGGUCUGGAUGCUCGCAAGUCGGCGUAUUUCGACUCUGUGCCUGUUGCUGCACUGUCCUCAAAAGGAGCGACUUCUUCCCAAACCGGAGACCAGCGUGUGUUGCUUCCACAUGUUGAGACUUUAGGGCACGUGGAAACCAGCUCUGGAUUCGAAAGUAUCAAGCGCCGGAGAGCAAAGCACAGACGGACAAAGAGCGAGCCAUCAGCUCCUCGAAAUUCGACAAGUGGCAACGAGGCGUACGUGCAUGCUGGUACUGAAUUCGUUCUACAGGCUGGCUUCGUACCUUUGCUCGAAUCUUCGUCAACAAAUCAGGCUGCAUCUCUAGCGCCGACUGUGUUGCCUUUGCAAGCGUCAGGAUUGAUGUGCUUGCCUUGCUUCGCAACUUCGCCGAAGGAGGACCGGGGGCAACUUCUGCAAGCUCGCCAAGUGACCCAGAGCAAGUAUCAGAGUCGGCCAUUACUUGUGCGCUCGGGCGCGAUACUGGGAUCCAGUUCAGCGCUAGGACUGUCCUUUCCAGGAUCGGAGUCUGCUCCGAGGCCGGAUGAGCUGCCUUCUCCUCACAAAGCUUCCCAUGCCCCUGAUUCGAGUAUUGCAAUUGGAGCGGCCACAGUCGAGCGCGUACCGAGCGAUAUAUCCAGUGGAAGUCGGAGAAGCCACAGCACAACCGGCACCGACACCAGUAGCCGUACUGGUCCUUCCUCGUCCUCUGCACUGAGCACGAGCAGGGCUAGCAGGACGACGGCGUCCUCUUCGCUCCCUACACCAACCAGCAGCGACCUCACCACCCCUGACAAUUACUUGUGGUCGUCGAAUGCCUCCCCAUUUGCAUUUGCUUCCUCUUUCGUCGCCAAACUCACUGACAAUUCGGACCUCCCAUCGCCCCCACCUGCUGCUUCGAUACCUGCUACAAAACACUCUCCACGGUCUGCAACACUCACCCUGCUUGACAAACAGGUGCAACAGCGUCUGCGCCUGUAUCAUGCGCUGAUUGAGCUUGUGGAGACCGAGCGUUCUUACGCCGAUGACCUUGCCAUUCUGGUCUUGGUCUUCUUGGAGAACCUGCAGCGCAUGCCCUUCUUCGGCCAGGCCGGAGACGCUGCUGAGAGGAACUGGAAAGUGGAGACAGUCUCCCGCAACGCUGAGCAGAUUCUCAGGUUGCAUCAGCAGAUUGCGGUCCAUCUUGAGACGAUCGUCGCUCGCCAUGGUCUCAAGCUCAGCAACGGCGCCACGCCUGGAGAGCAUCCCGCCACGACAGAGGAAGAGAUCCAGAAAGCUAUGAGCCAGGAGCUGGACGUUGCUGUCGUUCAUGUUGCCCGUUACUUCGUUUCUGUGGCUCCGAUGCUGGCAUUGUACCAGACCUACUGCGCCAAGCACAGCGAAGCGCUCGGCUUGAUUCAUGAAGCAGAGAAGCGGCAGGCGGACUGGCAAGCUUUCGAGGCGCAUUGCACCGAUAUCAUCAGAUGGCAGACCGAGGCCAAAGCAAAGCGCAUGUCACGCUCGCGACAUAGCAGCUCCAACAAUGUCAACCUUGUCCAGUCUCAACCGCCUUCCUCACCGACCAGCCCUGACAAGCAUGUCCAACCUCCCGAGUCGGCUGCUAGCAAUACGACCAACCUAAGCUCGAAGAGUGCAACGAACCAGGCCAGCGGCAGGUCAAGGUCUCCCAGCGCGUCACAGCUGCUGCUCCAUUUCCACGACUUCUUUGUCAAGCCUGUUCAGCGCAUCGUGCUCUACCGCCUGGUGCUGUCCACGCUCGUGAAGCACGCCACUGGCAUGGAUUUGCUGCGGACUGAGCUUGAGGAGGCGCUUGAUGCUGUCAAGGUCGCCGCUGAUCGCGUCGAUGAUGCAGGCAAAAAGCGCGAGCAAGAGCUUCUCGCGGAAAUGCUGCUCUGGCGCUUGGCCAGUCAUUACUCGAUCGCACAAAAUUCAUUGCGUGCUCUCGGUCCAGUUUGGCUUGCAGGACCCUUGCAUGCCCUGUACCACCACAGUGACCUUGCCCCGCUCGAGGCGCCUUUGCGUUUCAAGUACUAUGGAGUCGUCCUCUGCAACGGCUGGAUUUUGCUCGCCAAGGUCCGCAAGUCGGGCGUGUACGAGGCUCGCCACUUUUUCCCACUUUGGGCUGCCAAAUUGACGACGCGGAAUGAUGAUCUUGAAGCAGUCAUACCGCAAUCCUUCCGCAUUUCCGUCCGUGGCCACCAUUUCGAGAUGAUGGCAUGCAGCUCGAAAGAGAAGGAGCUGUGGACGUCCACCAUCGGUUCUGCCAUCAAGUCCGCGCCAUGCUCCCCACCUGGCGAUGCUGCUUCCUUCCCGUCGAGUUUACCUAUGGACGACCUGAACAUGGCUGGCGUCUCUGAAGUGCACACUCCAUCGGAAAUGCCAAAGAUCGCAUCAGACCCGCUCAGCCUAUUCUUGUCGACUGCCAUCAGCGCUGGCGAGGCCAGCUCUGCGCCUGCUGCUUGUGGCAAUUUCAACACUUCUGCUGCAAAAGCUGGCCGUCCUGUUCCGGUUCUGUUCAACAGCACCACCAACUCCAUUCCCCCUGCGCCUGUUGCAAUCUCUUCGGCUUCAGAAGUGUUGAUCCGGACCAACACUCCCGCGCAAUGCCUUGCUGUCGACCGUUGCAUGAUCAUGUCUGCGCUUUGCAUCGCGGCACAUUCUCCUUCUCACCCCUCGCGCGAUGUCGUAACGACCAACCCUACUUCUCAGUGGCUCGCCACGUCUGCUCCGGGGCUCGGUGCGACGGUAGGAGCCGCAAUCGGGCUGUCUCGCCUAGCGAAUAACAGCAAUCCAGGCACCGUACGCCUGCAAAGGCGCAAGAGCAUGGUCGAAAUGUCUGCUGUCGCUCCCUCACCAAAGAUGCGCGUUCUCGAUGUCCCUGGGCGGUCUGCUCUAACGACGCCUGGCGCCGAAACGGAAGAGCGCGGGCCGCUCGAGGGGUGGAAGAAUACUUUCCGGAAACGCACAUUGCGCACCCGUCCAGCCUCAGUGAUUGGUGUCGCUAUCGACAGCCCAUCGCGAGAAGCCUCGUCACUUCCAGUGUCGGCUAUCACGACACCGGUGCUUGAGAUGAAAGAAUUCCCCAUCACUGAAGAGCUGCAGGAGUUUGAGAAAGUCAAUCCCGUCGCUCCUCCCGCUGCUGCCACAUGUUUGCGCAGGACGCAGUCGCGCUCCUUUGCCUGCAAUGUCCGCAACGUCUUUGCAACUUCCAUAGGCGCUCGCCCGAGAGCCAGCACGCUAUUCCAGCAGGGACAAGACGCUCAGGCUGUAAUCAUUCAGACGUCACACUCCCUCGACAUGCACAAGAUUUCAGGCACGGAAGCUGGUCCCGUCUUCAGCGAGUUCGGGGCUACAGUGAAUCGGGCUGCAGAUGAGACGACACGGCCGCGUAGCAAGAGCCUCAAGCGGGCUCUCAGUUUUCGCCGCUCAAGCGGUUCCUCUUCAGCCUCCUCCGGCCCAUCCAGUGGCACACCGCCCUUUGAGAUGUCCAAAGUGCUUGCCGGUUCCGAAGCUCUGCGGACAAUCAGGGCGAGGGCAAGCAGGCACUUUGCCAAGGUCGACAUGUCCUUCACAGGCUCGCUGCAAUCAAGCACCACCAACUCGGCAGAGCACGAUAGCAGUGAAGGCAUGCGACCCGCUCCUGCCAUGCAGCGAGCCACGACUGAAGAACCUGCAUCCGCGCAGGCCUCUUUCACGCAUCGAAAGCGCCUCAAUCGCAUCUUCCUUCAAACCAAUCGCUUCUCGCCUCUGCCUAUGGGCAUCGGCAGACAGGCCAAUGGUCCCACUGCUACUCCCGUCAGCAAUGGCACGCCCUAA